AUGGAAGGGAAAUUUAGAUUUCAACUAUUACAAGAUUAUGUAGAAUCUAAUAAAUGUAAUUAUCUAUUUGUAGCUGAAGAUGCUACUAGUUCAAUAUCUCGUAUAGACUAUGAGGCAACAUUGAAUUCAUUUAUUGGCUUUUCUGCACCUUUAGUGAAUGGAGUACCACAAUCGAAUUUUUUCCAGACGGAAAAUUUUGAGCAAUUAGAAUUAUGGUUUAAUGAUAUAGAUAAAGCUAAAUUUAUUAAUUUAUACAUGUUAAAAUCUUUAACAUUAUCAGCUCCACCAUUCAUUUUAUCAGCUUACGGAUCAAACAAUAAAGCAAAAGCAAUUGAAAUCUUAAGAAGAUGGUUAUUUAUUCAUGAUCAGUGUUUAAUUCAAGGCGUACAUGUUAUAGGUUUUAGUUCUGAUGCUGAUGCACGUUAUCUUCGAGCAAUGAGAUUAUGUUCACGCUUUUUUUGCAACAUUACCAAACUUCAAUAUAUUUAA